CCGGCGCCGGCGGGGAAGGAGGGACCUGCAGCCACAACUUCUCUGGCCCUCUCCAUCCCAUCUGUCCCUCUACCUGUCCCCUUCCCCAGAGACCUGGGAAGGGCUUUACUCGCGGGCUGCAGAGGGAACCGGACUUGGUGCCGCUAGCCUCCGGGUAGGGCGGCUGACCCGCCACCGACUCAACAUGCUCAGGGGUCCGGGGCCCGGGCUGCUGCUGCUGGCCGCCCUGUGCCUGGGGAUAGGGGUGCCGCCCACCGGGGCCUCGAAGAGCAAGAGGCAGGCUCAGCAGAUCGUGCAGCCGCAGUCCCCGGUGACUGUCAGUCAGAGCAAGCCUGGUUGCUAUGACAACGGAAAACACUAUCAGAUAAACCAACAAUGGGAGCGCACCUACCUAGGCAAUGCCUUGGUCUGUACCUGUUAUGGAGGGAGCCGAGGUUUUAACUGUGAAAGUAAACCUGAACCUGAAGAGACUUGCUUUGACAAAUAUACCGGGAACACGUACCGAGUGGGUGAUACUUACGAGCGCCCUAAAGAUUCUAUGAUCUGGGACUGCACCUGCAUUGGGGCUGGGCGCGGGAGAAUAAGUUGCACCAUUGCAAACCGCUGCCAUGAGGGGGAUCAGUCCUACAAGAUCGGAGACACCUGGAGGAGGCCGCAUGAGACUGGGGGUUACAUGUUGGAGUGUGUGUGCCUGGGCAAUGGGAAAGGCGAAUGGACCUGCAAGCCGAUAGCUGAGAAAUGUUUCGAUCAUGCCGCGGGGACUUCCUAUGUUGUUGGGGAGACCUGGGAAAAGCCCUAUCAAGGCUGGAUGAUGGUGGACUGUACCUGUCUGGGAGAAGGCAGUGGACGCAUCACUUGUACCUCUAGAAACAGAUGCAACGACCAGGACACCAGGACAUCCUACAGGAUUGGAGACACCUGGAGCAAGAAGGAUAACCGAGGAAACCUGCUGCAGUGCAUCUGCACAGGCAACGGCCGCGGGGAGUGGAAAUGCGAGAGACACACUUCUCUACAGACCACGUCCACGGGAUCCGGUGGUCCCUUCACAGACAUCCGAACAGCCAUUUACCAGCCCCAGCCUCACCCCCAGCCUGCUCCUUAUGGUCACUGUGUCACAGACAGUGGCGUGGUCUACUCUGUGGGGAUGCAGUGGCUGAAGACACAAGGGAAUAAACAAAUGCUCUGCACCUGCCUGGGCAAUGGCGUCAGCUGCCAGGAGACAGCUGUGACACAAACGUAUGGUGGCAAUUCAAAUGGGGAGCCAUGUGUCUUACCGUUCACCUACAACGGGAGGACUUUCUACUCCUGCACCUCCGAAGGGCGACAGGACGGACAUCUUUGGUGCAGCACAACUUCGAAUUAUGAGCAGGACAAGAAAUAUUCCUUCUGUACAGACCAUACUGUUUUGGUUCAGACUCGAGGUGGAAAUUCUAAUGGUGCCCUGUGCCACUUCCCCUUCCUGUACAACAACCACAAUUACACCGACUGUACCUCUGAGGGCAGAAGAGAUAAUAUGAAGUGGUGUGGGACCACGCAGAACUAUGAUGCUGAUCAGAAGUUUGGAUUCUGCCCCAUGGCUGCGCAUGAAGAAAUCUGCACAACCAAUGAAGGGGUCAUGUAUCGCAUUGGGGACCAGUGGGAUAAACAGCAUGACAUGGGCCACAUGAUGCGGUGCACAUGUGUGGGGAAUGGUCGUGGGGAAUGGACAUGUGUCGCCUACUCCCAGCUCCGAGAUCAGUGCAUUGUGGAUAACAUCACUUACAACGUGAAUGAUACAUUCCACAAGCGACAUGAGGAGGGACACAUGCUCAACUGUACCUGCUUUGGGCAGGGCAGGGGCCGGUGGAAGUGUGACCCCAUUGAUCAGUGCCAGGAUUCAGAGUCCCGAACAUUUUACCAAAUCGGAGACUCCUGGGAGAAGUACGUGCAUGGCGUCAGGUACCAGUGCUACUGCUAUGGCCGCGGCAUCGGGGAAUGGCACUGCCAGCCUUUGCAGACCUACCCAGGCUCAAGUGGUCCUGUCCAAGUAAUCAUCACUGAGACCCCCAGCCAGCCCAACUCUCACCCCAUCCAGUGGAACGUACCAGAACAGUCACACAUCACUCAGUAUGUGCUCAGGUGGAGACCUAAAAAUUCUGUAGGCCAUUGGAAGGAAGCUACCAUUCCAGGUCACUUGAACUCGUACACCAUCAAAGGCCUCACCCCAGGCGUGGUCUAUGAGGGCCAGCUCAUCAGCUACCAGCAGUAUGGCCAGAGAGAGGUGACUCGCUUCGACUUCACCACCAGCGCCAGCACUCCUGUGACCAGCAACACCGUGACAGGAGAGUCAACCCCGCUUUCUCCUGUUGUGGCCACUUCAGAAUCUGUGACUGAAAUCACAGCCAGCAGCUUCGUGGUCUCAUGGGUCUCAGCUUCGGACACUGUAUCUGGAUUCCGGGUGGAGUAUGAGCUGAGUGAGGAGGGAGAUGAACCGCAGUACCUGGAUCUUCCAAGCACAGCCACUUCUGUGAACAUCCCUGACCUGCUUCCUGGCCGCAAGUAUAUUGUCAACGUCUAUCAGAUAUCUGAGGAAGGGAAGCAGAGCUUGAUCCUGUCCACUUCACAGACAACGGCUCCUGAUGCCCCACCCAAUCCUACCGUGGACCAAGUGGACGACACCUCCAUUGUGGUUCGAUGGAGCAGACCCCAGGCACCCAUCACAGGAUACAGAAUAGUGUAUUCACCAUCAGUAGAAGGCAGCAGCACAGAACUCAACCUGCCCGAAACUGCCAACUCCGUCACUCUCAGUGACUUGCAGCCUGGCAUUCAGUAUAACAUCACUAUCUAUGCUGUGGAAGAAAACCAGGAAAGCACUCCCGUGUUCAUCCAGCAAGAGACGACUGGAGUUCCACGUUCAGAUAAAGUUGCCCCUCCUAGGGACCUGCAGUUCGUGGAAGUGACAGACGUGAAGGUCACCAUCAUGUGGACUCCUCCUGAGAGUGCUGUGACCGGCUACCGUGUAGAGGUGCUCCCUGUGAACCUGCCUGGAGAGCAUGGCCAGAGGCUGCCCGUGGGCAGGAACACCUUUGCGGAAGUGACCGGCCUGUCCCCUGGGGUCACCUAUUACUUCAAAGUCUUCGCUGUGAACCACGGGAGGGAAAGCAGGCCUCUGACUGCACAACAGACGACCAAACUGGAUGCUCCUACUAACCUCCAGUUUACCAAUGAAACUGACACAACUGUUCUGGUCAUUUGGACUCCACCUCGGGCCCAGAUUACAGGCUACCGGCUGACCUUGGGCCUGACCCGAGGUGGACAGCCCAAGCAGUACAAUGUGGGGCCCGCUGCCUCCAAGUACCCACUGCGGAACCUGCAGCCUGGAUCGGAGUACACUGUGUCCCUCGUGGCUAUGAAAGGCAACCAGCAGAGCCCCAAAGCCACUGGAGUCUUCACUACUCUGCAGCCUGGGAGCUCCAUUCCCCCUUACAACACAGAGGUGACCGAGACCACAAUAGUGAUCACCUGGACCCCUGCUCCAAGAAUCGGUUUUAAGCUGGGUGUACGACCAAGCCAGGGAGGUGAGGCUCCACGAGAAGUGACUUCAGACUCAGGAAGCAUUGUUGUGUCUGGCUUGACUCCAGGUGUAGAGUACGUUUACACCAUCCAAGUCCUGAGAGACGGGAAAGAGAGGGAUGCACCAAUCGUGAACAGAGUGGUGACGCCAUUGUCUCCACCCACGAACUUGCACCUGGAGGCAAACCCUGACACUGGUGUGCUUACAGUCUCCUGGGAGAGGAGCACCAGCCCAGAUAUUACUGGUUAUAGAAUUACCACCACUCCUACAAGUGGGCAGCAAGGAUAUUCUUUGGAAGAGGUGGUUCAUGCUGAUCAGAGUUCCUGCACUUUUGAAAACUUGAGUCCUGGCAUGGAAUACAAUGUCAGUGUUUAUACUGUCAAAGAUGACAAGGAAAGUGUCCCUAUCUCUGAUACCAUCAUCCCAGAGGUGCCCCAGCUCACUGACCUAAGUUUUGUUGAUAUAACCGAUUCAAGCAUCGGCCUGAGGUGGACCCCGCUAAACUCUUCCACCAUUAUUGGGUACCGCAUCACAGUAGUUGCAGCAGGAGAAGGGAUCCCUAUAUUUGAAGAUUUUGUGGACUCCUCAGUAGGAUACUACACAGUGACAGGGCUGGAGCCGGGCAUUGACUAUGACAUCAGCGUUAUCACUCUCAUUAAUGGCGGAGAGAGUGCCCCUACUACACUGACACAGCAAACGGCCGUCCCUCCUCCCACUGACCUGCGGUUCACCAACGUUGGCCCAGACACCAUGCGUGUCACUUGGGCCCCCCCUUCGUCCAUUGAGCUGACCAACUUCCUGUUGCGCUACUCUCCUGUGAAAAAUGAGGAGGAUGUUGCAGAAUUGUCCAUUUCGCCUUCAGACAAUGCAGUGGUCUUAACAACACAAAAUCUUGCUAUGUGUCACUUUCCUGCCUCCCUAGCUAAGCUGGCGGUAUCUUGUGUUUUUUCCCCUCUCCCUCCUAUGGGUGCAAAAACAGGUCUCGAUUCUCCAACUGGCAUUGACUUUUCUGAUAUCACUGCCAACUCUUUCACUGUCCAUUGGAUUGCUCCCCGAGCCACUCCCACUGGCUACAAAAUUCGCCAUCAUCCUGAGCAUGUUAGCGGAAGACCCCGAGAAGAUCGAGUGCCUCCCUCUCGGAAUUCUAUCACCCUCACCAACCUCCGUCCAGGCACCGAGUAUGUGGUCAGCAUUGUUGCUGUUAAUGGCAGAGAGGAAAGCCCUGCUUUGAUUGGCCAGCAAUCCACAAUUUCUGACAUUCCAAGGGACCUGGAAGUCGUUGCCUCCACGCCCACCAGUGUCAUGAUCAAAUGGGACGCCCCUGGUGUCACAGUGCGGUACUACAGGAUCACCUACGGAGAAACAGGAGGAACCAGCCCUGUCCAGGAGUUCACUGUGUCAGGAGGCAUGAACACAGCCACUAUCAGCAACCUGAAGCCUGGAGCAGAUUAUACCAUCACUCUGUACGCUGUCACUGGCCGUGGGGACAGCCCUGCCAGCAGCAAACCCGUUUCCAUAGAUUACCGAACAGAAAUCGACAAGCCAUCCCAGAUGCAAGUGACCGAUGUUCAGGAUAACAGUAUUAGCAUCAGGUGGCUGCCUUCCAAGUCUCCUGUGACUGGUUACAGAGUGACCACGACUCCCAAAAGUGGCUCAGGACCAUCAAAAACUAAAACUGCAGGUCCAGACCAAACAGAAAUGACCAUCGAAGGCUUGCAGCCCACCGUGGAAUACGUGGUUAGUGUCUACGCUCAGAAUCAGAAUGGAGAGAGCCAGCCCCUGGUGCAGACUGCAGUAACCAACAUUGAUCGCCCUAAAGGACUGGCAUUCACUGAUGUGGAUGUCGAUUCCAUCAAAAUUGCUUGGGAAAGCCCACAGGGGCAAGUUUCCAGGUACAGGGUGACCUACUCAAGCCCUGAGGAUGGAAUCCAUGAGCUAUUCCCUGCACCUGAUGGUGAAGAAGACACUGCCGAGCUGCAAGGCCUCAGGCCGGGUUCUGAGUACACAGUCAGUGUGGUUGCCUUGCACGAUGAUAUGGAGAGCGAGCCCCUGAUUGGAACCCAGUCCACAGCCAUUCCGGCACCAACCAACCUGAGGUUUACUCAGGUUACACCCACAAGUCUGAGCGCACAGUGGACGGCACCCAGUGUCCAUCUCACUGGAUAUCGAGUGAGGGUGACCCCUAAGGAGAAGACUGGACCCAUGAAAGAAAUUAACCUUUCUCCUGACAGCUCAUCGGUGGUCGUGUCAGGACUCAUGGUGGCCACCAAAUACGAAGUCAGCGUCUAUGCUCUUAAAGACACGAUGACGAGCAGGCCAGCUCAAGGAGUAGUCACCACGCUCGAGAAUGUGAGCCCCCCCAGAAGAGCCCGUGUGACAGAUGCCACUGAGACCACCAUCACCAUCAGCUGGCGCACCAAGACCGAGACGAUCACUGGCUUCCAAGUUGAUGCCAUCCCAGCCACUGGCCAGACCCCAGUGCAGAGGACCAUCAGCCCAGAUGUCAGAAGCUACACCAUCACAGGUCUGCAACCAGGCACUGACUACAAGAUCUACCUGUACACCCUGAACAACAAUGCCCGGAGUUCUCCUGUGGUCAUCGAUGCCUCCACUGCCAUUGAUGCGCCAUCCAACCUGCGUUUCCUAACUACCACACCUAACUCUUUGCUGGUAUCAUGGCAGCCACCUCGGGCCAGGAUUACUGGCUACAUCAUCAAGUAUGAGAAGCCUGGGUCCCCUCCCAGAGAAGUGGUCCCUCGGCCACGCCCUGGCGUCACAGAGGCCACUAUUACUGGCCUGGAACCAGGAACUGAGUACACAAUCUAUGUCAUUGCCCUGAAGAACAACCAGAAGAGUGAGCCUCUAACUGGAAGGAAAACAACAGAUGAACUUCCCCAGCUGGUCACCCUUCCACACCCCAAUCAUCAUGGACCAGAGAUCUUGGAUGUUCCCUCCACAGUUCACCAGACCCCUUUCAUCACCAACCCUGGGUAUGACCCUGGCAACGGGAUCCAGCUUCCUGGCACAUCCCCGCAGCAGCCCAGUGUUGGGCAACAGAUGAUCUUUGAGGAACAUGGUUUUAGGAGGACCACACCACCCACAGCAGCCACCCCCGUCAGGCAUAGGCCAAGACCGUACUCGCCGAAUGUAGAUGAGGAGAUCCAAAUUGGUCACGUCCCCAGUGGAGACGUAGACCACCACCUCUAUCCUCAUGUUCUGGGGCUCAAUCCAAAUGCCUCUACAGGACAAGAAGCUCUCUCUCAGACAACCAUCUCUUGGACCCCAUUCCAGGAAAGUUCUGAGUACAUCAUUUCAUGUCAUCCCAUUGGCAUUGAUGAAGAUCUCUUACAGUUCCGAGUUCCUGGAACUUCCACCAGUGCCACUCUGACAGGCCUUACCAGGGGGGCCACAUACAACAUCAUAGUGGAGGCACUGAAAGACCAGAGAAGGCACAAGGUUCGGGAAGAGGUGGUGACCGUGGGCAACUCUGUCAAUGAAGGUCUGAACCAACCUGCGGAUGAUUCCUGCUUUGACCCCUACACAGUUUCCCACUAUGCCAUUGGAGAGGAGUGGGAGCGAUUGUCUGAAUCUGGCUUUAAACUCACAUGCCAGUGCUUAGGCUUUGGCAGUGGUCAUUUCCGAUGCGAUUCAUCUAAGUGGUGCCAUGACAACGGUGUGAACUACAAGAUUGGAGAGAAGUGGGAUCGCCAGGGAGAAAACGGGCAGAUGAUGAGCUGCACGUGCCUCGGGAAUGGAAAAGGAGAAUUCAAGUGUGAUCCUCACGAGGCAAUGUGUUACGAUGACGGGAAGACAUACCAUGUGGGAGAACAGUGGCAGAAGGAAUACCUUGGUGCCAUCUGCUCUUGCAGUUGCUUUGGAGGCAAGAGGGGCUGGCGCUGUGACAAUUGCCGCAGACCUGGGGCCGAACCUGGUCCUGAAGGCUCCACCGGCCACUCAUACAACCAGUACACACAGAGAUACCAUCAAAGAACAAACGCUAACGUUAACUGCCCGAUCGAGUGCUUCAUGCCUCUAGAUGUCCAGGCUGACAGAGAAGAUUCCAGAGAGUAAUAGCUGCUCCCAGAGAACCAAGCACAUCUCUCUGCCAAGGUCCAUCUCAACUGGAGUGAUUAUAGCAGAUCCCAUCUUUGAGAGUUUCUUUCUAUCCUUUUGCUCUGGAGUUCUUCCAGCUUCAGCUCAACUCACAGCUUUUCCAAACAUCACCCGGGAGUGUUUUGAGAUGUUUCUCAUCAGCGAGGGCAGGAUGUUGCCUCCUCUGCUUCAGAAUAUUCAAUACCGCUCAGUAUUUUAAAUGAAGUGAUUUUCAGUGUGAUUUGCUUUGGGAUCAAUAGGGAAGCAUAUGUGCCAACCAAGAUGCCAAAUGUUGAAUAAUAUUACCAAAAUUUUAAAUAGGGCAAAAGUUACCCAGACACUUUUGCUUUCACAUAACUGUCUGGGCUGCAGUACUGCAGGAAUGUCAUGUCCUGGUUACUGUGAUACUCAUAAUAGCCACAGUUCUCACUUGUUCCAAACAGUCCUGAUGAUUGCCCAGAAAUAUCCUUCUCUUACCUGUUAUUUAUCAAUUUUUCCCAGUAUUUUUAUAUGGAAAAAAUUGUAUUGAAGACACUUAGUAUGCAGUUGAUAAGAGGAAUUUGGUAAUGAUGGUUGGUGAUUAUUUUUUAUACUGUAUUUGCCAAAGCUUUACUACUGUGGAAAGACAACUGUUUUAAUAAAAGAUUUACAACCCACAA